AUGGAGCCGGCGAAGAAAUUGCAGGUAUUCAUCAAGUCCCCCGAUCUCGGAAUCCCCACGCGAGCCCUCGCCGUUGACCCCGGUCUCACCUUCCGCCGCCUAAAGCUCUCUGUCCUCUCCCGGGCGGCCCGUCUUCACGAAACCCUAGCCCUAGAAUCGUUCUACUUCUCCUCGGGGGGGAAGGCACUGCUCGAUUCAUCGACCGUGUCUGGAUCCGGAAUCCUGCCACUGUCCACCCUCACGCUCCGCCUGAGGAUCUCCGGCGGCGGCGGAGAUGGCGGCGCCACCGGAGCGGAGUCACGGGACUGCUACCUGAACAUGUACGCCGUCAAGAAGCCCGAUAAGGUGGACCCUAACGAGACGAGGCUGACGAAGUGGACUACGUGCGCUCUCUCCUUCGAGCCCCUCGCUCCUCCCUGCGUGGUGGACCGCCUAGGGAACGUGUUCAACAAGGAGCGGCUGGUGGAGGCCCUGCUGGGGAAGAAGCUCCCGAAGGAGUUCAGCCACAUCAGAGGCCUGAAGGACAUGAUCCCAGUCCAUCUCUCCGAGAUCCCUGGCAGCGAGAAGUCAGGGACGAGGUUCCAGUGCCCGAUCACGGGUCAGGAGUUCAACGGAAAGUAUGGAUUCAUCGUGCUUCGGGGGUGCGGGCAUGUCUUGAGUUCCAAGGCGUUGAAGGAGGUGAAAUCUUCCGCCUGCCUGGUUUGCCACCGUGAGUUCUCCGAUUCAGAUAAGAUGGUUCUUAAUGGGACCGCAGAGGAGGUCAAGGCCUUGAGAGAAAGGAUGGAGGAAGAGAGGGGGAAACUGAGAGAGAGAAAGGAGAAGAAAGAGAAAAAGCUGGACACCCGUUUGAGCGGCACCAAGCACCUGGCCGACGAGAAGGGUAGGCUUCCGGUACAUGGCAAGCAAGAAGGGACCGUGAAGAAGUUCAAAGCAGUCGACAUUGCUCCGGCCCAUGCGACCAAGGAAGUCUAUGCAUCCAUUUUCACAUCAUCACGGAAAUCAGAUUUCAAAGAGACAUACUCCUGCAGGUCUCUCCCUCUCGGUAGGAACUGA